CUGACAUGUUACUCCCAGUUAUCCACCAUCUGGCAUAGCAACCCUAUAUUUAUUAACCUAGCAGUAAAGCAAACACUGUGGAGGUAUAAAACCUGCCCUGGGUGAGUCCUGCUUGGUUUGGAGGCUGCAAGACCUAUAAAGGAUGAAGACUUCUCUUCUUGUCGCGCUCAUCAUAACCCUGUGCACGGAGAGUGCUUUCUCCUUGACAUGCUUCUCAUGCAAAGACGCACCUUCCGAUUUUGAUUGUCGUAAUAAAACCAAAUGCUCUGAUAAUGAGAAGCACUGUAUCACAACUUAUUCUAUCACAGGAAUGGGCAAUGACCGUAAACAGCGUAUUAGCAAGGGAUGUUCUGCAAUUUGCCCAGAAUUUGACCUGAAUAUUGGCAUAGCUGGUGUUUCUACCACCUGCUGCGAGACGCCCUUGUGCAACACCAAUGGUGCCAGCAGUGUGAAAACCAGCUGCACUAUGAUAGCUCUGGGUGUCUUGGCCAGUCUCACCUGCAUCCUUCGCCUGGGUUUUUAAAGGGGCUGGGGCAAGGAAAGGAGCUGCUUGGCCUUGCAUUGCAAGGGAUCAAACUAUCAUCUGUACAGUGUGAAUGCUGCCCUGUUUCUCUUACCUGGAAGGUCCCAUCCCCUCAGCACAUAUCUUUGCUCUUUCUGUGCCCUGAUGACAAGGCGUAAGACAACAGCCCUACCUAAAAAUGGUGUUCGGAAGAGAAAGGCGUGAUGUGGAGCCCUGAACAUGCAGAAGGGCACCACAGAGUCGCCACCUCUCCUACUAUGGGCCUUUGUAACUCUGUGCAUUUUUUUUCCCUUUCAUUUUGUCCCUGCCAUUUUUCCCUUUAUACCAUUUUUCCGCCCUGUAUCAUUUUGCGCUGAGGAAGCCUUUAAUAUUAGAGUUGUUACACAGAAGCUGGGCACAAUAAAAUUGUAUUUUAUUCUGUUGUGUAACUCUGUGGUAUGGCACAUCAGGCAUA